AAUGACAGGAAGGAAAAAAUGGUGUCAGGUUCGACAUUCAACUCACGGUGGACGUAAGCCACUCCAAAUGCACUAAAUUUUCGGCGACAGCCUCACCUAUUUUGUCUUUCAAAGCGGUCUUCUUGAAUUUAGGGGUAAUUAAGAAGAAGAGGAUAAGAUAGCUUCCCUAUACCCACCCACCCCCCACCCCACUCCAUUACUUUUCCUAUAUUCCAAAACUUUCUUGUGAAUCCGCCAAUUGGUAUUUCGAAACUUCUGUCUUUGUUUGCCUACCAAUCUAUAAUUGUUUCUUGAUUCAAAGGGCUUUCUUUAAUUAUGGGUCCUCACAUUUUCUUAUGGCUUUCUUUAAUUAUGGGUCCUCACAUUUUCUUAUGAUUAAAUUCUUGUCACCUUUCACACCAUUCUAAAUUAGAGAAGCUAUUUAAAGUCUUGUUUUUUCCCCUAGCAUCCCACAAGCCGAAGCUGCUAAACAAAGAUGAUAACAGAGAAACAAGAUUCUGGGUCUCUUGCUCCACUUUUACCUGUGGACCAGAACCAGUGUUUUGAGGAUGAAAGGUCAGAGGGAGGAUCAAUUUCUGGUGCAAUAUUUAAUAUAUCAACAGGCAUGGUUGGUGCUGGGAUUAUGUCAAUCCCUGCUACUUUUAAAGUUCUGGGUGUAAUUCCCAGCUUUUUUGUUAUUCUGUUAGUUGGAUAUUUUGUUGAGGUGACUGUAGAUUUCCUGUUGAAAUAUACUCAUUCGGGCGAGUCGGAUUCUUAUGGUGGGCUUAUGGCUGAGUCUUUUGGGAAGUUUGGUUCUGUUGCUCUUCAGAUUUGUGUCAUGAUUACUAAUCUUGGUGCCUUGAUUAUUUAUUUGAUUAUUAUUGGGGAUGUGCUCUCAGGAAAUAAUUCUGAUGGAUCAGUGCACUUGGGUACUCUACAGGAAUGGUUUGGCAUCCACUGGUGGACUUCCCGGGCAUUUUCACUUCUCUUUGUUGUGCUUUUUGUCAUGCUUCCGUUGCUCUGUGUUAAACGCAUAGAUUCACUGAGACAUGCAUCGGCAAUAUCAAUCUUCCUAGCAGUACUGUUUGUAGUCAUAUGCUCGAUGAUGGCAAUACAUGCAAUGUGGGAGGGGAAAACACAAAGGUUACGGUGGGUACCAAAUUUUUCACAUGGAGUUUCCUUUUCUGAUCUUUUCACGACCAUUCCAGUCUUUGCUACUGCCUUCGGAUGUCAUGUUAAUGUUCAUCCGGUAAGAGCAGAGAUGGGAAGGCCAUCUGACAUGACAUCGGCUGUUCGCAUUUCUUUAAUAUUAUGUGUUGCCAUUUAUUUUGCUGUGGGAUUCUUUGGCUACCUAUUGUUUGGGGAGUCGAUUAUGGCCGACAUGCUGGUCAACUUUGAUCAAGCCUCUGAUUCUUUAAUCGGUACAGUACUUAACGAUACUGUUCGAUUGAGUUAUGCCAUUCAUCUCAUGCUGGUGUUUCCUGUGAUGAAUUAUUCUCUGAGGGUUAAUGUGGACGAACUAUUCUUUCCUAAGAGACCUCUGUUGGCCACAGAAACAUUACGAUUCUUUUCCCUUACCUUUGUUUUACUUACAUUCAUUUAUGGAGCUGCUGUAGCCAUUCCGAAUAUUUGGUACUUCUUUCAGUUCAUGGGAACGACAACAGUCAUGUGCAUCAUGUUCAUAUUCCCAAGCUCAAUUGUUCUUAGAGAUGCUCAUAACAUAUCUACAACUCGGGAAAAGAUAUUGGCUGUAUUGGUGAUCAUAUUUGCCAUUGGGACUAGUUCAGUUGCCAUAUACUCUAAUAUUUCAACUUACAUUGCCAACAAAUGACCAAGUUUGCUGGUGAAGCACUCAGAAUUAGUGGAUUGAUGCUGUAAGGUGGUUUAAUUAUGUAUAAUGAUCAGAAGAAGUUGUAUUGAGCAUUGGAAAAAUCAGCAAAUCAAUGAGAAUGGAAACCAACUUGUUCUUUGCAAUGCCUACAUGGUGUUUUGCUCCUCAUUGCUCAUCCAGGCAAAGGGGAAAGAACACUUGGGUAUGUAUGUCUAUGGGCUUUUCUUCUUUUAUGCAAGAGCCAUAUGAAGCAACUGCUUUGCUCAAAUUGUUGAGGAUCUUAGACGAAGAAGUUUGAGAAAGCUUUUAUCUGUACCUUGGAAAAUAGGCCAAGUCUUAAAUCAUCCUUUAGUUUGAUGUAGUCCCUAGCUAUAAUAUACAUAAAUACCUAAAGGUGUUGUUUUCAGUUGCUCAAACUAGAACACAAUUGUGUUGUAAGCCACAUCCCCCUCCCCAUAUUUGUAGUGCUAUUGGUACAUCAUGGUCCUUUACAAUUUUGAAUUUAAGAAAAUGACCUUUUUAGAUC